ACCGAUUUUAGUAAUAGCUCGUUUGUGAUCAGAGACAGUUUACAAUAUUGUAAUUACACCGUUCGAACAUGAGUAAGCUCGUAAUUCUUUUAGCCAUAAUUGGUCUAGCCUUGGGCAGUCCAAUUAGCAAGAGUAAACAUGUGGAAAAUACACCGGAGAACCUUGCCCUCAUCAACAGCGGAAAUUACAAUGAAAAUAUUGAACUGUUAAGUGGUCAAUAUCAAGGCGAUAUGGUGCUAUCGGAGCAGCAGCAACGUGUACUGAAAAGUAUGGAACGUACUGGUCUAAUCGAUGUGAACAUGAGAUGGCCGAAUAACGUUGUCCCGUACGUAUUGAGUGAUGUGUUCAGCGAUGAACAAAAAAGUUACAUCGAAGCUGGAUUGGCAGAACUAGCCAGAGUUAGUUGUCUAACAUUCACGCCACGCACCGAUGAAGAGAACUACGUUCGAGUCAAUGGACAAGAUGGUGGCUGUUGGUCGGAAGUUGGAUUUUUAAACUCCGGCGAACAAGAAGUGAAUUUGGCUUUAGCCGAACCAGGCGUCGGAUGCUUCAGAAUCGGUACGAUCAUUCACGAAUUUUUGCAUACUCUGGGCUUCUAUCACAUGCAAUCUGCGACCGAGAGAGACGACUACGUUAAAAUUGCUUGGGAAAACAUUUUACCCGGUCUGGAACACAAUUUCGAUUCAUAUCCAGCGGAUAUGAUCAGUAACUUCGGUGUGGACUAUGAUGUGUUGAGCGUAAUGCACUAUCCAGCUUAUGGGUUCACGAGAAACGGUUACGCUACAAUCAUACCACAUGAUAUCACGUUGAUUCGAACGAUGGGACAACGUACGGGAAUGAGUGACAAAGAUGUUAGCAGAUUGAAUUCAAUGUAUCAAUGUAAUUAAGUCGGGGAAAUAAAGAGAAUCAUUCAACUUUCACAUCACAAUGGGAUCUUUAAAAUAGCAAACGAAAUAAUUAUGCUGUUCAUCCGUACACAUUUCAUACAAAUCGGAGCUGCAUGCACUUUUUACGUAUACAAAUUUUCCGGUUGGUUUAGCUCCAACAAAAUUAAUAAGAAACUUUACCCAUAUCAUCAUUACCAUAAGUAAGCAUUACAAACGAACAGAAAUGAACGACUGGAUAGAAAGAUCGAUGUGUUAAUUCAAACGAGAAAGACGAAGACGAAGAAAAUGAUUAGAAAAUUACAUGAUGGGCAUGAUGGGUGUUGUAUAGAAGAGAGCCAACGAUUUUAUUGAACUGCAAAAAUCAUACCGUAUGGCUAUUACGUUUUGAUACACAUUAAUCGACGUAAUUAAGUUAUUAGUGAAAGUUAUCAUAAAUAAUAUGCUUCGCCUGUACAAA